UCAAGGUCGUGUUAGUGACUUUGGUCCCAAACCCCAAAUCCCCAAAUCUGACAAGACCAAAAACAUGGCUUCCAAGCAACAAGAAGUGGAGGUAUUAGAAAGUUGGGAAGAAAUCGAAGAGACUGAUGUGUUAGACCAGAAGUUUAAGUCAAUUAUUCCGCCGAGCAAGUCCUUGGAGCCCAAAAGUAACGGGCUUAGUUCGGUGCCGAUUAAAAUUUUACUGACGGGGGACGACGCCUUAAGGACCCAGUACGUGCCUCCGGAACCCACAGUGAAAAUCCUGAAGCGGCCCUCGAAGGAGCCGCAGAACACCAACGACUCGAAAGUAUUCCAGCCGAAAAAGACGCUGCAGCAGAGGAAGCAGGAGUAUGCAGAGGCCAGACUUAGGAUUUUAGGAGAGACUGAAAAAACUGAAGAGGAGAAGAUUAGUAUAGUGGCGUGCAAGGCGCGCUCAAGUGACUUAGAUAAUGUAAUUCGGUUGCCAAAAGGACCAGACGGGAGCAAAGGGUUCAACAUACGUAGAUAGUACAGUGUGCAUUUUUACGUUUAUUUAAAUCACAUAUCAUCAACCAACCCAAGUGAUAUAACUUGAUAUGUGGAUUUAAGCACAAAAUGCCUUGCAAGUCUCAGAUUUUUUUCAAACACAAACAUUGCUCUAUUCAGUGGUUUUGUGCUGGAUGUCGUACCAUGACGCAGAUUUGCAUCCCUUUUUUAUGUGUAAAUAUUAUUGUAAGAUAAUUUUAUUAUAAUCAAACCACGUCAGAGUUGCAGUUAAUUUUGCUCAUGUAUAUUAGUAACGUUAAGUUAUAUUUAUUGUGGUUGUGCAAUUCUUAAAUAUAUUACGUAAUAUUUUCA